CACCCUAGUGAAAAAAGGUAAGCUCAUCAUAUAAUCUCCGGCUGGAGAAAAAAUACCAAUCGGAAAGCCCAUUUAUAGUAUCCUCUUUCUCAAUUACUAUUAGACGAGGAAGUUUUGCCGCCGAGGGUGUCUUACUAGCUUUAGGGUUUUGUUGAACUGAUCGGAUAGAUUGAUUAAUGUCAGAGAAGUUGAACAAUUGAAUACUGGACAUGGGCAGCCGGCUUGAAAUUUGUGAAGAGAAUGAAGGGGAGCAUGUCGAGACCCAGGAUUUCUUCUUCGAGAAAAUCGGCGAACCCGUGCCUGUCAAAUCUCAACCGGAUUCCCAGUUCGAUCUCCAAAGUCCUCCUUCUCAGCCCCUUGUCCUCUCCCAACGUUUCCAGCUCCUGUUUCUAGCUCAUUCUUCUGGGGGGUUCUUGGUGGCGAGGACCAAAGAUGUGAUUGAUUUAGCCAAGGACAUUAGGGAAAAAGCCUCCUCUUCAAGUAUUGAAGAUCUGAGUUUGGUGGAAGUUCCCAUUGGCAAGGUUCACAUUCUUGCUCUUUCCACCAUCGACGACACCAUACUUGCAGUUUCUGUGGCAGCUGAUAUUCAUUUCUUCAGUGUCAGCUCCCUUCUUAAUAAGGAUAUAAAGCCAUGUUUCUCCACUUCGCUCCCUCAGUCAAGCUUUGUCAAGGAUAUUCGUUGGAGAAAGAAGAAGGAUAACUCUUUCCUAGUUCUUUCAGAUGAUAGAAAGCUAUAUCAUGGAACUCUUGCACAUCCUCUUAAGCAUGUGAUGGAUAAUGUUGAUGCUGUUGAAUGGAGUGCAAAAGGUGCUUUUGUUGCCGUGGCAAGAGAUAAUAGCCUUAGUAUUUUGUCAUCCAAAUUCAAUGAAAAAUUGUGCGUAGCUCUUUCAUUCAAGUCUUGGGUUGGUGAUUCCAACGAUGAUUGCACUGUAAAAGUGGAUACUAUCAGAUGGAUUCGUCCUGAUUGCAUUAUUCUUGGAUGCUUUCAGUUUACCAGAGAUGCGAAAGAAGAAAAUUACCUCGUUCAAGUAGUCAAAAGCAAGUCAGGCAAAAUCACAGAUGCUACUUCUGAUUUGGUUGUUCUAUCCUUUAGUGAUUUGUUUGCUGGUCUAAUUGAUGAUAUUGUGCCCUUCGGAACCGGCCCUUACUUAUUCUUGAGUUAUUUGGAACAAUGCAAGCUUGCAAUUGCUGCUAACAGAAAGAACACGGAUCAGCAUAUUGUGUUACUCAGUUGGUCACUUGGUGAGACUGGUGAAGCUUCGGUUGUUGAUAUUGAGCGUGAUAAUUGGCUCCCCAGGAUUGAACUUCAAGAUAAUGAUGAUGAUAAUUUGAUCAUGGGGCUUUGCAUUGAUAACGUGUCUGUGUUUGGGAGUGUUAAAGUGCAACUUGGAGUUGAAGAAGUUAGGGAGCUUUCACCAUAUUGUGUUCUUAUAUGCCUUACUUUAGAGGGCAAACUUAUUAUGUUCCAGGUUGCAAGUGCCAGGGAAAAUGAUGUUCCACCUGAUGUUUCUGCCCUUUCUGCUAAAGAAGAGGAUACCCCUGUUGUGGUGUCUGCUGAAAUUGAUCCACCUGAACUUACAUAUGGACAGGGUGAACAAAAGUCAGAACUGAUAGCUUUGUCUCUUCCAUUGAUGGAUAAAGGCAAAACUGAGCUUCUCACCAAUGGAAGUAGUGAUGUAAACCUUUCUCAAAUGAAUGUGAAUUCAGUUACACAUGCUACUGAUAAUCUAUUCCAUAAUGAUGAUAUUAAAAAAGCAGUGUCUUUGAAGAACUCCCAGUCUUCGGAAGCUGUAGGCCAACAAAAACCUCCAACCUCAAUGCUGUACCAAGAAGCAGGUACUCAACAAAAAUUGUUUUUUGGAGGGCAAGGUACCAAUUCAGGACAAUCAUUUCUGAGGACUUCUCAAUUAGAGGGAUCUGGUAAUAAGGUGAGGGAUGGUAGUCAAACAGAAGCUCAAAAGAUUCCAGGAUUUGGAUCUGUUACUCCUGUGGCGAAAGUUUCAAAUGACUCCUUAUUACAACCAAACCAUGAGAGCAUACCAAAAAUGUUUGAGCUGGUUAAGGAACCAGUAGGUGAAGCUGGAUCAAUUGGUUUGCAGAGUACAUCUGUUAAGUUGUGGCCAAAUCCAUCAUCCCAGCCAUUUUCAAGUGGAAAAUUCAUGGUUUCAAAGGAGUCUGAUGCCAGAGCUUCAUUUUCAUCUCCAAGUAAUUUUCAGUAUGCUAGUUCUCAGAGUACCAGAGGUGCUACAAGCAUUCCUGGUGGCAACGUUGAAAAACCUUCACAUCUAAAAGAUACUACUGGUAUAUCAGUUUCUGUCAAUAAAAUUUCAGGUACACCAGUAGAUAGUGGGGCCCAGAAAUUUUCAAUAGGGGGAGGAAAUAUUGAGUCAGUACCUUUAAUUCGUGGCUCACAGUCAUCCUCCCUACUAAAUUUUGCAAUGGAAAAGUCUUUCAACCAAAAGCUUCAUCCCCCCAAGGAUGAGUAUAAAUCUGCAACCCAGUCAAGGAUGUUGAAAUCGGAACCACAGUUAUUGAAACAAUUCGGCAAUAUUAAAGAGAUGGCGAAAGAACUAGACACACUUCUGGAAUCUAUAGAAGAAGCUGGUGGCUUUAGGGAUGUUUGCACUGUUUUUCAGAGAAGUUCAGUUGAAGAGCUGGAGCAGGGCAUAGCAGUUCUUUCUAAAAAAUGCAGGAGUUGGAAGAAUGUAAUGGAUGAGCAGCUUGGGAAGAUCCAACAACAUCUUGAUAAAACUGUACAAGUUUUAGCAAGGAAGAUAUACAUAGAAGGCAUUAUUAAACAAGCUUCAGAUAGCCAAUACUGGGACCUGUGGAAUUGCCAAAAGUUGAGUUCUGAGCUUGAGCUUAAGCAGCGACAUAUAUUGAAAUUGAAUCAAGAUUUGACCAAUCAGUUAAUUGAAUUAGAGAGGCAUUUCAACACCAGUGAGCUUCAUAAAUUUGGUGAUGAUGAUGGAGUUCGUGAUGGUCGGAGAACUUUACAGAGUAGAUUUGGGCCUUCAAGACGCGUUCUGUCCCUGCAUUCUUUACAUAGCACAAUGAGUUCACAACUAGCAGCUGCUGAGCAACUUUCUGAAUGUCUCUCAGAACAAAUGGCUAUGCUGAGUGUAGAGUCCCCUGUGAAAAAACAGAAUGUUAAGGAGGAGUUGUUUCAAAUGAUUGGAAUAGCUCAUGAUGCCUCUUUCACCUCUCCGCAUGCUACAAAACCUAGCAAUAAGUCUAAGAAACUUGUUCUUUCCUCUGGGUCCCCUGCUUCUAGAAAUCAGUCGAGGCGAAACCAAUCCAGCGCACUGAAGAGUUCUGACCCAGAAUAUUCUAGGAGGAGGAGGGAAUCACUGGAUCAGAGCUGGGCUAGUUUUGAGCCUCCAAAAACAACUGUAAAAAGGAUGCUUUUGCAAGAAUCAGCAAAUGUAAAAAGAUCACUUUUAACCGAUAAACAGAACUUUAGCCCUUACGCCUCCGAGGAGUUGACAAGCUUAUUCUCAAAGGAACUCAAAGUAACUUCAACCAUGUUGCAUCAAUCUGGAAAUGAAGUUAAAACAAAAAUUCAGGAUGCAUUACCGAGACAGGAAUCUGAAUUAACUGUUUUCCGAUGGGCUAAUAAUAGUUCUCUAUUACCACCAAAUUAUGCUGGGUGGAAAUCUUCUACUGUGCAAACAAGUAACUUCAAUGCUCUGUCAUCAGCAUCAGGAUCACAACCUAUGUUGGUGCAGAAUUCUUCUGGGGAAACACACAGUAUCCCUGUUGCUAAACUAAACUCCGGAGCUUCUCAGGUUGAGAGAUCUAAUAUAUCAUCUUUCAAUGAGAAUGAAAUCCAAUCCACUCUACAGUUUAGACCUAAUCUACACCAAGAGUCAUCAAUCUCCCAGGUGGCUUCAUUGCCAAAGAAAUCUACUGACACCUUAAAUUCGGAUGGUAAAGGGACUGUGCUUGCUAAUUCAGCGCUGGGGGAUGUGAAACAUGUCUCAUCUACCACAAAGAGUACACUGUUUGGUUCUAAUAGUAACAACUCUCAGUUCAUACCUCCUGCUGCUGUUUCUGCAUCUCCUGCCCCCUCAGCCAAAGUUUCACAAUUCAAUGUUGUGACAAGCAAAAUCCAGCCGAGUGAAAAGGUAUCACAGUCUUUUGCAUUCUCUAAACCCGUUGCAGAUUUGUCAUCUUCAGUAUUCAGUUCCUCAACUCCAUCAUUAUCAUCACCAUUUUCAACUAUGACAGCCUCAUCACUCACAUCAGUUAAUGUCUCAUCUACUGAAACUAGUCCAACAUCGGCACCAAAAUUUUCCUUUUCAACUUCAUUUUCUGCGGUGCCUACUUCACCUGCAACACAAUCUAGUGAACCAAGUUCUGUAGUUGCAGUAGAUGCUAAUAGAAAAGCUUCAUCUUCCUCACCAUCAUUAGUUCCUUUCUCUGCUUUUGUUUCCUCUUCUGAUUCCUUGUCUUUUCAGCCUCUCGAAAUGCCUAUACCCUUGCCUGCUGAUUUAUCUCCCGUGAGUUCUUCUGAGAUUUUAAAAGUUGAGGCCCAACCACAUAAGGAAAUACAUGACUUAAAAAAAGAUGGGGAUCCGAUUAUACGAGCACCACCUCUGCAACAUGAACUUCCAGCAACAGAAUUGAGCUUGAAGCCUAAGUUUGCUGUCUCAUCACCAAAGACAAGUGAAACUCCUACUGGAGUGUUAUCUGGAAGCCAAACCCGCAUCAUUGAUCUUGCAAGUCCUGCAACUAAUUUGGCAUCAAAUCCUCAGCCGCUGCAGCCUUCUACUGGAGAUAGUCUUUCAGCUCCUUCGUCAAUUAGUAUUAAUACCGCCAAUGGAAAAAGCGGAAGUUUGGAUCUCACACAAGAGGAUGAGAUGGAGGAGGAGGCUCCUGAGACAAACCAAAUGACUGAACAUGGCUUGGGAAGCUUAAGUAGCUUUGGGAUUGGCUCAAACCCUAACCCAACUGCUACUAAGCCAAACCCAUUUGGUGCUCCAUUCGGAGUUGUGGCUACAAGUGCAGCUACCUCUUCAUUCACCUCAACUGUUAAUCCUGGAGAGUUGUUUAGGCCUGCAUCUUUUAGCUUCCAAUCUCCACAGCCUUCCCAAUCGGCUCAACCUGCAAGUUUUGGUACAUUUUCUGGUGGCUUUGCUUCUGGCGCCCCUGGUCAAGCUCCUGCUCAAAGUGCUUUCGGCCAACCAGCACAGCUUGGAGCUGGACAGCAGGCUUUGGGAUCAGUUCUUGGUGCUUUUGGCCAGUCAAGGCAGCUUGGUACUGCUCUACCAGGAAGUGGUUUUGCUUCCGGGAGUGGUUUUGGUGGUGGUUUCGCAAGUCCUCAAUCUGCUGCUGGUUUUUCUAAUGCUGCAACAGGAGGUGGGUUUGCUGGUUUGGGUUCAGGUGGUGGUGGGUUUUCUGGGGUUGCUUCAGGUGGUGGAUUUGGUGGUCUGCCUUUAGGCGGUGGGGGAUUUGGUAGCUUAGCUAGUGGAGGACUUACAGGUUCUGCCUCGGGUGGUGGUGGAUUUGCUGCUCCUGCCUCAGGUGGUGGUUUUGCAGGAGCUGCUGGCUCAGGGAUUGGUGGGUUUGGUGCUUUCGGCAGCCAACAAAGAAAUGCUGGUUUCUCAGCCUUUGGAGGUGGCGGAGGACAAACUGGAAAACCUCCUGAGCUUUUCACACAGAUGAGAAAAUAGUUUUAACGAAUUCUAGAUGGAUUGGAUUUUAGUUUGUCGUGGGAGUCUGAGUAUAUAUAUCUUAACAACUCAACUGGUAGGUUUAAAUUAAUAGGAAAUAUGAUCUUUAUAUAAUUGUUGAAGGUUUAUACAUUAAUUGUUGAGCAUUUUUAGUCUGCUUAAAAUUUGAUAUACGUGAUUGAAUUGAAGUGAAAAACUUUGCACUAUUGUAAAUGUAUCUUUAAUUUUAUUUA